UAAGGGAGAUAUCUAAAGAUCUAAGUAAAUCAAGAAAUUCAGUAAUUAGUAGAGUAGUGCUGACCGGAACCUAAAAAUUGGAAUGCUGAAUAAGAUUUUCACAGCAUAAUACAAGCCUGUCUUCCCAGCCAGGUACACUGCAUAAUUCAGAUGGAGACUGGUCGGACCGACAGCCCUGCAUCCAGCCAACCUAAGUGGAGAAAAGUUGCAUAUGGGGGGAUGCAACCGGGGUUUGAUGAUAACCACAUCGAUGAGUCUUUCCUUGCAGAAAUGGUCAUGAAUGCUAAUGUUGUUAAAAGGUCAAUGCUGAAGGUGAUGUUAGACUCGGUUUCCAUCUCCCAAUAUCUUUGCGUUGUUGCUUUAGUGGUCUUAGUUUGGACUUACACUCUUCAAUCUAUUAUCAGUGAAAAUCUUCUGUUGCUUCUUGAUGUUAUUGUGCUUGGAUUAGGUUUUUUGGUUCUUGUAUCAACUGCAGAAACGCUUUCCUUUAGUCUUCUUCUCAAUUAUUUUCUUAAAAUAUCCUUUUUCAUAACUGCCUUGUAUGUGUUGUCUCCGAUCUAUCAUACACUGACCAGGUCUAUAAGUUCAGACUCAAUCAUAGCACUUACAGCUUCACUUAUAGUACUCCAUCUGUUCCUGCAUAACUACUCAGGAUCUACUGUUAAAGCUCUUGGUGCUCUAGAAAAUCCUAGUUUUACAAGCAAUAUCUCACUAAAUGCCUCAAUUGUUGCUUCCCUUUUGAUUGCCUCUCGCCUUCCAUCCAGACUUCAUGUUUUCGCUAUUGUGUUCUUCUCCGUACAAGUUUUCCUCUUUGUUCCGCUCGUCACUUACUGUAUCAAGAAAUAUUCUUUUAGGUUGCACAUUUUUGUCUCCUUUGUGUUGAUGAUGGUGACAUUGACCUUUGUUUAUCGGUUGCACACAUUACUUUUUGUACUUUUUUUUGGUGUUUUGGUUUUUGUUAAUUUGGUGUGUCCUUAUUGGUUGAUAAGAAUUCAAGAAUACAAGUUUGAGAUCAAUGGUCCAUGGGAUGAAGCUAAGCUCUGUUUUGAUAUAACCGAAUGAAAAUCCCUUUUGUAACUUUGAGAUUCAUUGUAAUUGAUUAUCAAUGAGAAGUACUAUCAAGCAAUAUUACUAUUCUUCUCCUUUGUACUAUUUCACUGCCUAAUUAAGAUUUCAGGGAUUUUGUUAAAUAUUUUAAGCAUGACUAUUCUUAAUACUACUUCAAUUAAACUGAAUGAAAAUCCCUCUUGUGACUUUUAGAUUCACUGUAAUUGAUUAUCAAUGAGAAGUAUCGUCAAGCAGUAUUACUCUUUUUCUCCUUUGUUACUGUUUUACUGUCUAAUUAAGAUUUUAAGGAUUUUGUUAAAUCUUUUAAGCCUGACAAUUUUAAGGAUUCACAGUUGCAGAGAAGUGUUAAUAAGCCAUUUGUUUAUUUUCUUACUGUUUCUCCAAAUUUUUAUAAAAUUUUCUCCAUUGUGCAUUGCAUCAUAUCUUAGACAUUCAUGAUAAACUCCGAUCCUAACUUUCUUGUCCAGUUACAGGCUAGUGGCGAAGAAAAUACACAAUCUAUGUCCUACUAUUAAAGCAAGGCUGUGUUCUUUCACAACUAACAAUAUGUGUUGCUGGCCUACUGAAAAAGUAUAGAUUGGUAUAUUUAUGAUAUUAAAGAGCAUGUAAUACAUUUAAUUAAAUAUUGACAUGGUAUAACUUGCUUAGUUUAAUAAGUUAUAUAUGAAUAUAUUUGUUCUUUUUAUUGUAAAAAUAAUUUUAAAGUCACAUUGGUUAAUUGUUUGAUUAAAUCAAUCCGACUGAUAUUGUUAUUCAAAUAGUUAGGACUGCAAAUUAAUUAAGUGUAGGUAUUAGAUUAAGUGUAAUCGGCUGAAUAGUGAAUAUAAACGGUAUCUGGUAGAAAAAGCGGACACGAUUUCAUACUUGUUCAAUUCAAGUUUGAGUUGAGGUUGACUUGAGUCUUAAAUCUGUUGCUGUACAGUCUAACAAUUUAUACUUAUGUUGAUAUAUUGUAAGAAAGUUGAAAUAAUUCAUCCCCUUCACAUACUAUGAUAUCACAGAAUGCAAAUUACAAGCAAAACUAAGUCCAUAUCUACUGCGCUACUUAUAGUUAUUGAGCUACUAGUUUAUGCAAAUAUAUAUUUUUAUGAAAUUGGGAUUAUGUGCAUCACGAUUGCUGGAUCAUAAGCAUCUUGUCAGUGGGAGUAAAACAGGAGAACUUCAAUGCUGGGAUCCGAAGACUGGAAAGCCAGGAGGCAGCUCACUUAUACUAAGUUUAAAUCAUGAAGAAUUGAAUUGUGUUUUAUGCUAUUGUUGGUGUUGCUACAACAUGCUCACUGGGGACCAAACAAGCCAUUUGUAGUUAUAUCCUCAAUUUCGUAAGGCCUUGCAGAGUGGUUGCAAUAAACAAUUUUAUGUUCGAACUUCAAGGUAAGACAUGGUUCUUUUUAUGUUCAUUGAGCAGCUUAAUCGACUUGGCUACAAGUAGUCAUGUCCACCUUGAAUUUCCUUGGAGAAGUUUACCAAUCUUUAGUUUUCAUAUCCUAACAAAAUCAAAUCAAGGCAUGUAUCUUGUUCUUUUUGGUUUUACACAUAUCAAUUCACUUUAUUGCCAUUCUUAGCCAAACUUAUAAACUCAGACUCAUAGGGUGAAAUCUCCAUGAUCAUAUAUGCUUUUUUUAUUCGUUGGUGUUGAGGUAAUUGUUUUUUAGCUGCAGUUUGGUCAGUUUAACAUUUAAUUUUUUAUGUGCGAGUAUAAAGUUACGUUUGUAUGCACCUUCAUAAUCUUAUGUCUAUAAAUACAGCUGGUUAUGUACAAUAAUUUUUCAGGAUUUCAGUUGCAUAAGUUUCUCUUAGUAAGUCUUUUGCGCAUCAUCUUACUGUGAAUACUUUUCUGGGUAGAGUGACUUGAUCUGUCAAAUUACAGGGUCACUAGAAAUGGAUUACUGUAUAUCCUUUGCAUAUAAAAAAUCCAUGUCAUUGUUAUGUAAGUACUGGUAAAAUGUCGUCGUUUUGUUAGUUCUAGUAAAGAUGGCGAUGCACGCAAAUGGGACGUUACAUUGAGAAUUGUGUUAUUUGCCGCAGUGGACAUGUACUUGCAGUAUCAUGUGUAAAAUGGGGUGGAGAUGGAGUUAUAUGUACAGGAUAUUGUUACCAUUUUGACAUUUAUAGCUAAUUGGUAUUGUUCAAGUGUGAAAUCUUUAAAGGCAUACUUGCGAUUUAAAUUUGAUUCUUGCUUCAUGUAGUUGUUUCCUGUGUUAUGCAGUUGUUUCUAGUGUUAGCUACAAACAUUUAUUGGGGCAUCAACUAUAUACAUAUAAAUUUACGUUUGUAGUCUAGCACAAGCUCUACUGCACACUUGAUUUAUAUGGUUCCAUGGGAUCACAAAGUUUUGUUGCUUUUGCAAUUUUCCUUCAGAAGGGUUAAGGAUCAUUAGGUCCUCAAAAGCGGGAUUGAGUUUAAUUUUUUUUUUUUUUUGUUUACCUUUUUAUACUGGUGUACUGCAUCAUAUUAUUAAUCAAAUCAAUUACUUGUAAAUGUUUAUAUAUAUCUUUGCAUAUAUGUUGUGCAUCUGCUCAAUGAUAUAUUGUCUUAUGGAUUUAGUAUAUUUUUGGUCUGUAUACAUGUAAUUGUGCCACGGGAUCAGUCGCGAAGAGUGAAUUUUUCCAUUAUAUGAUGAAUCUUAUUCUCAUGUUUAGUGAUUUAUAGACUGAAUAUUAGAUAUGUAUACAUAGAGUCUUACUUCUACUCUUAGAUGAAUCUGAUAUAUAGAGCUUAUCUUGCAAGUUUGUAGGUUUUAUAGAUCAGUGAGGUUUAUCAUGGAGCUUGACCCUAUAUAUGUAAUUAUCUGUAUUUAAGUAACAUAAAGUGUUGUUAAUGAAGAGAAAUGUACUAACUUUUGGACAGUGGACAUAUACUUACAGGAGAGUAUUGUUAUAUUACUCUUAUCAUUUGUAAGUUCAUAUAAGUAGACCUUAAAAUUCCAGACUUUGCCGUAUUAAUAUCCUAUAUAUUAGGGGCAGAGCCACUUGGAGCCCAGGUACUCCAUGGCCUACCCUAUAUCAAGGGUGGAGCCAUAUAUAGAAUUUCUAUGUUAUUUGUUUUGGUAAACUUAGUUAAUUGAUUUGUCAAAGAAGUUAUAAAAUAAAUUCUUAGUUCGAAACUUUGAGAAGCAAAAAAGAUGAGAAUUGCAAUUGUAUCAGAAAAGCGGUUGAAAGCAGACUACUCCCAGUUCUAUAAGGUUGAAAAAUUGAUUAUUAAUUUAAGAAUAUAUAUUUUGUUCAGUGCAGAUCUCAUGAUUGUACGACUGAAGGGAAAAGACACAGGGCAACUUAAACCAUAAACUAAAGGUAUAUGCUUUCUCUUGGCUUGGUUGAAUAUAUAUUUUGCUCAUAGAAUUCAGUAGUAAUUUAUCUGAAAGGUUGUAACAUGUGUAGAAAAUACUUCUUUUGCUUAUCUAUGCCAUUUUUUACUAUUAAGUAGAGCAGAUACGGCCGAUGCAAAAUUCUAAUUACUGUAAUCCUGCAUUCUUGAUUGAUGACUGUUUACUAGACAUUACAUUUCUUAACGCCUUGGAGAGUGUUGAUUCUCAAACACAGCUUCUGUGCAACUGGAAAUAAUGAUUGUUUACUCGUGUCCAGCAUUUGAAUCAGUAAUAAAUAUCAGGUUUUUAUCUAUUACCAUACAUUUUGUCUUUGGCAGGAGACUGACAUACACGUAACAAUGUGUUUUCUUUUGCUAGGGAAAGACGAGGACGUUGAAGCAAAAGUAGUUGAUAGAAAAGUGCAUAACACAGCCGUAGAUCACAGAUGCAUGGCUUCUGGUUGAAUGUUUAUCCUCUGAUUUUGCUUGUUUGUACUCUGCAAUCAAAUAAAGUUUAGAUAGCAUUGUACAACUGUUGAUAGACUAGAUGAGAGACGAACAUAGCAUGUAGAAUCUGAUUAACCAACUGUCAAGAUUUUCAUAUACUCUUUAAUUUUAUCCUCAAUAUAUUUUAAUUCACUGUA